AUGACUACCACUGCCCAAGCGUUGCCAUCCCUCGAGGUAUCUGCACCUGAUGCCGACAUGGAUGUGCUCUCCGACACUGGCUUCGACUUCGACGAUGGCGAUAUUGAUCUCGAUCUCGACACUGCACCAUCAGUUCAUGAUGAGGACAUAUCACUCAACGAUGCGGCUACAGAUGGCGGGAUCGACAUACAAGAGCCACUUGCGGAUCAAGACGACUUCAUGGCUGAUCACGGUGACUUGAUUGAUGAAGAUGGUGUCUACACUGGUGACGAUGCUACUGCGGCGGCAUCACGGCCUUCGGAUAAUGGCACGGUCAUUUUUGAAGCAGAUAUGCUCGCUCCGCCGGACGAGGACUUGAUUGACUACUCGGACGAUGAGGCAUUGCAGCCGGUCAAGAUGCAGAGCCCGUCGGUGCACGAAGCAGACGAGGACGUUCAAGUGUCUUAUGAAACCGAGACUGUAGCAGUAACACCACAUGUACACCAGGAAGACGUGCACGUCUACGAAGAGGAGCAGCCACUCUCUACCGAAGCCAGUCAUGAAGAAGCACAAAGCCAGCAGGAUGACAUUGUAGAGACGCAUGCACAACGUGGAAAGAGUCACUCUGUCAGUCCUGAGCAUCAGCCACAGAGUGAUGCUGAGCCUCAGUUUGAAAGGAACGACGAAGAGCAGGUGCAUGCCGAUGAUGACGGCGGUGUACAGCUUCCAGCCGAGGAAGCCUCUCACAGUGAUGGUGAAACCCCUUCGGGACAGCAGGAAAACGCGCAUUACAACGCGGCUGAUGAAGACAAGAGCAAACACCCCAACGACCAGCAGAUCGAGCUGCGACCCGUGACUGUAAACUACGCUGGCAACGAGUUGUGGCUCUUCAAGCAGCACGACCUUGACGAGAGUGGCGAUUUCCUACUCGAGGAUCUCUCGGCAGCCAAGUCUAGCAUUUCGAAUCUUUUCCAGGCAUGCAGGUCAGCCCUUGGUGAUGAUGUGUCCAACGAACACGAAAUUGGCUUCCGUUUCGACCAUUUGCAUAACCUUGAGCUUUACGAAGAUAACACGGCUUGUGUAGCUGUAUCUUUGGAGCGCUUGGUAGAUUUGUAUCAUACACUGCAGACUCAAGAUGGCGUCGAAGAUCCGGAAUGCUUCUAUGUCACCUUACAGUUCCGUCCCCGCUUCGCUACGCUACUCGCUGAUGUUGCGCAAUAUGCCGAGCAAGGAAGUGGCUACUCUGCUCUAGACGCCGCCGUGGCAGCAGGUGACACACAUUUCUCGAAUGUGUUCUCCGGUGCUUCGACCGAGCAUGACCGUGUCGAAUGGGACGACGAAGAGAAUGAGGAAGAGAAUGACGACGAAGACGCUAGCUCUCCUGCUUCUCUCCAUAGCAACGUACCACAUGACGCGGGAGUUGGCGAGCCUGUUGAACAGCAGUUUGAGGAUGCACAAGACGAAGAAAGAGACGAAGAAGAGCAUGACAGCCACGGUGACGCAGAGCAAGACCAAGGUGUUGACUUGGCAGAAGACCUGCAACAGGAUUCUGUGACACAAGAUGAGGAGUCUCGUGUUGUUCAAGAAACUGCUAACAUUGACACUUCGGAAAGCUCAGCUCUCCACGAAUCAACAGAACAGGCAGAAGUAGUCCAAGAGGCAGAGGACGAGGCAGUGGCAGAACGACAAGUGUCUGAGCCUCGCGACGAGAGAACACCCGACCAGAUUGCUCACGACAAGCAAGAAGCGGAAGACUUCGUUGACUACAGUGAUGACGAAGACGACCAAGAGGCCGAAUCCGUACCGGUGCACGAACCAUCGCCAUCCUCUUCUACCGUCCAAGGAGACGAGUCUAUAGAGACUCAAGAAUCGGGCAUUGCCUACGAACAUGACAGAGAUGAUGAUGAAAACACCGCUGAGACUGGCUUCAAUGAGCACGACGACGAUGCUACCCUGCUCACACAAACACAAUAUGGCGAUGAUGCAAAUCAUUAUGCCUUUCAAGAUCAUGCAGAGACAUACAACGAAGGCACGUACGAUCGAGGCGAUCCCUUCCAAGACUUCCAAGCAGAUGGCACCGUAGGAGAUGCAUUCGGGGCAGACAAUACCUUCAACGGCGACACUAACCAUGAAUUCGCCGACUACAACUUCCAGAUCUUGGAAGGUGAGGUUGAUCUAGACUUUGAAGAACAAACUUUGGACGAUGCCAACAACGGACGUCACUUCGAUGGGACUUUCACGGCCGAUGAGAAGGCAACAAGUGCUGACACUUUUCUGGAUCUCGACAACCCCCCCGAAUGGGCGAUCGACGCAGACCCGGCCUCGAAUUUGCCGGGAGAGGACGCGGUCCUUGUACACGACGAUGAUAGCACUCACGAAGAUGAGAGUGGUGAGGCUGAUCAAUCCACGGCUGCAGACCUUGCGCCGGUUUUGUCAAGCGAGCACAAACCUUCUUCGCCGCAAGGUCAGAAGCGAUCGAUUGACGAGGUCGGCGACGGGUUUGAUGACGCGCCCGACUCGACAGAUGCCAAAAGACUCAGAGUGUGA